AUGGUGAGCAAAUGGAGGAAGAUGAAGCUAGCUCUGAGUUUGAAUCUCUGUAAUUACCUCCCAAGAACCCUCGAGGAACCUACUUUGAAUUCUUCAGAGAGAUUAUCAGAUGCUGCUUUGCUCUCUCCUUUAAACUGGCCGAUGACUCCAACAACUACUUCUUCUCGAAGUAGAAACUUGUCCAGAAAUAGCAGCAAAUCGUCAAAGCAGACUUGCUCUAUAUGCUUGACUAAGAUGAAAGAAGGUUUUGGACAUGCGAUUUUCACAGCUGAGUGCUCACACGCGUUUCAUUUUCAUUGCAUUGCUUCGAAUGUGAAACACGGUAACCAAGUUUGCCCUGUGUGCCGAGCAAAAUGGAAGGAAAUACCUAUACAGAAGCCGAGUUUGGAUCUUCCUUAUUCUCCUUUGGUUCGGUCCAAUAACGAUGAAGCCAUCAGCCUCGUUCGCCGCUUACCUCCUUCUCAUCGAGCUAUAAACCAAGGGCAUCCUGAGCCAGCUAUUUUCGAUGAUGAUGAACGGUUAGAGAAGCAGAUUGUUUUUACCGGUGAAACUAAUGCUUUGGAGAAGGAGAACCAUAAUUCUGUGGGAAUGAUGGACAUGAAAAUGUAUCCAGAGGUCUCAGCUGUAUCACAAUCCAAGUCCUGUGAGAAUUUUGAUGUAUUAGUGCAUCUCAAAGCGGUUACUGGUAAUCACAUUUCUCAAUAUCACCGAGCGCCAGUUGAUUUAGUUACAGUCCUAGACAUCAGUGGUAGUAUGGGAGGAACUAAGCUCGCACUUCUGAAACGAGCAAUGGGUUUUGUUAUUCAAAAUCUUGGAUCCAGUGAUAGGCUCUCAGUCAUUGCAUUCUCUUCAACAGCUCGUCGUCUCUUCCCUUUAACCCGAAUGUCUGGUUCUGGAAGACAGCUAGCACUUCAAGCUGUUAACUCAUUGGUUGCAAAUGGUGGGACCAAUAUCGUCGAUGGUCUUAGAAAAGGUGCUAAGGUUAUGGAAGAUAGAAGAGAGAGUAAUUCUGUUGCCAGCAUUAUCCUUUUGUCUGACGGGCGAGAUACUUAUACCGUGAACCAUCCUGAUGAUCCAAGUUGCAGGGUGAUGAUCCCUCAGAUCCCUGUUCACUCUUUUGGUUUUGGAUCAGAUCAUGAUGCUUCAGUGAUGCACUCAGUCUCUGAAUUCUCUAGUGGGACCUUUUCUUUCAUUGAAAGUGAGUCUGUGAUUCAAGAUGCUCUUGCUCAGUGCAUUGGUGGACUUUUAAGCGUUGCAGUACAGGAGCUUCGAGUAGAUAUUGAAGGCGUGUGCCCAAAUGUUCGACUUGGCUCGAUAAAAGCAGGGAGUUACUCUAGCCUUGUAACUGGUGAUGGCCACUCAGGAUUUGUUGAUCUUGGUGAUCUUUAUGCUGAUGAAGAGAGGGAUUUCUUGGUUUCUAUCAAUAUCCCUGUCGAGGAAGAUGGACAUACACCGUUGCUAAAGCUGAGAUGUGUCUACAUAGAUCCUUUGACAAAGCAAAUUACAACGCUUGAAAGUCGAGUGCUUCAGAUUCGAAGACCAGAAAAUGUUUGUGAAGAAGAAGUUGUUCCCAUUGAAGUGGACAGGCAAAGAAACAGAUUCCUAGCUGCAGAGGCAAUGGCACAAGCAAGAACUUUAGCAGAGCAUGGAGAGUUAGAGGGAGCCGUUACAGCGAUUGAGAAUUUUAGAUUGGUUUUGGCACAGACGGUUGCAGCAAAAUCCUGUGAUAGGUUUUGUGUUGCUUUGGACUUGGAGCUGAAGGAAAUGCAAGAUAGAAUGAGGAGUAGUAACGUGUACGAGGCAUCGGGAAGAGCUUAUAUUCUUUCUGGACUUAGCUCACACUCAUGGCAAAGAGCAACCUCAAGGAGGAAUUCAAGGGACGGUUCGAGCUUUUACCAGGUUUAUCAGACUCCAUCAAUGGCUGAGAUGCUGCGUCGGUCACAGUCCAUGUUUCUUGUUAGUCCAUCUCAUCAUAGACUAAUCCAGCCCUUGCUCUCAUUUGCUUCACAACCAAAGCCAAUGUAA